CCCGCGGGCAUCUCGCCAGCUUGGACGUUUGACUCGCUGCUCACACGCGGUGCGGCGCUCGUCAUGUUCUGUCAGUUCCUGCUCAUGCUGAUGAAGGAGAGCUCCUCCUCCCACGAUGCUGCUGGUGGUCGUGAAAAUGGCGGACGACAUCAGGCGGAGAGUACGCUACCGUUACGCGAGACGGCGAUAGGCGGGUGGGGCGAGGAGGCGUACGAUCCGACGCUCACUGCAAUGCAUCUGGCCGGAGGUCCUGGUGAACCGCCAGCCGUUGGCGGCGAGCGCCUCCCCCACGCCGCACUUCUAUUCGCUGCUGCGGCCGACUUGUCGAGCAAUUGGGCCGGGGGCGCCUGUAUCGACGUCCAGGGAGGUGCUGCUCGCACCUGCGCGCCUCAUUGGCCGGGAUAA